CAUUAUUAUUUUCAUAAGGAUUAUUAGUAUGAUAUGAUCCUGAUCUAAAAAUAUUGGAUAAAUGAGAAAAAAUAUGCUCUCACUGCGAUUAUAUCGCAAAUUCACUACUAAUAACAAAUUCACAAGUUUUGUAUCUCAUUGGAAUGAUAAUAAUAACAAUAAUAAUAUUAAUAUUACUCCCAACAAUGUUAACAAAUCUCCGUCCUUAAAUUUAGCACCCGAACCCGAUAACCUAAAACCGGAACGAAAACCUGAUGCAUUGUUUCAUUUGGAUAACAAAAAGUUAAAUAACCGACUUACGAAACCACCGAUAAAUGUAGAGGAACCCGCGUUACUGAAGCUAAAGGCGGAACGAAACCCUAAGAAAUUGUUUAACUUGUUUAAGGAAAAUGCACGUAACCAUCUUGUUGUUGAAAACAUGGUUGCGUUUGAGGAUACGGUUGGUAGGUUAGCUGGGGCGGGACGGUUUGAUUAUAUUGAGGAAUUGUUGGAGGAACAAAAGAGGUUGCCGCAGGGUCGGCGUGAAGGGUUUGUGAUUAGGAUUAUUAUGUUGUACGGGAGGGCCGGAAUGGCUAAACAUGCGUUUAAGACGUUUAAGGAUAUGGAGAUUUACGGGUGUAAGAAGAGUGUUAAGUCGGUUAAUGCGGUUCUUAAGGUUUUGGGGAAAACGGGUGAUUUGAAAGCGUUUGAGUUGUUUCUUGGUGAUGUUUGUUGCGAAUGUGGUUUUGAACUUGAUGUUGUUUCGUUGAAUAUUGUGAUAGAUACGUUUUGUCGGAUGGGUGUUCCUCAAAAAGGGUAUAUGGUUAUGGAAAAAUCGGGGAUUAAGCCGGAUGUGGUUACGUUUACGACUCUUAUAUCGGCUUUUUAUAAGUUGAAUCAAGCGGAAAUUGGAAAUGGGUUAUGGAAUCUUAUGGUGAUGAAAGGGUGUUUACCAAAUUUAGCAACUUUUAAUGCUCGGGUUCAGUUUUUGGUGAAUAAAGGACGUGCUUGGCAGGCGAAUAGUUUAAUGGGUAUGAUGCGUUAUAUUGGAGUUAGACCCGAUGAGGUUACGUUUAAUUUGGUGAUAAAAGGGUUUUGCAGAGCGGGGUAUAUUGAUAUGGCUAAAAGGGUUUACUCUGCUUUCCAUGAUGAGGGUUACAAGCCGAAUGCUAGGAUUUAUCAGACAAUGAUGCAUUAUUUAUGUAAAGAAGGUGAAAUCGACUUUGCAUUUACCAUAUGCAGAAGUAGUAUGGAAAAGAAUUGGUUUCCAAGCGUCGACAGUAUUUUUCAACUACUUCAUGGGCUACGUGCCACUGGGAAGAUUGACAAAGCUAGGUUUAUUUUAUAUUUGGUGCACAAAAAAGUACCUCCUUUUUCUUCAAAUCAGUUAGACCACAUGGAAUCAUUUUUGAAAACGAGGUGACCCUGUUUUAAGAGGAAACAGCGUUCUUUGUACAGUUAUUUAGGAGAUUCAUUUAUCGCGGAUAUUUAGCCGGGGAAAAGAGAUAGCUGAAUAUGUUGUAAAUUCAUUGUACCAUCUUAAUAAGAUUUUCGAUGGAGAUUUACUUGGA